GGAAGUGCUUCUCCCGCCACUUCCGGCCACCUCAGCCCCACCGGAAGCCGCAGAAGAUGUCGGGCACGACGGGAGCAGCGGCCGCGGGUUCGGUGGGUUCUGUCGUGCGGCGCUUUCUGGCCGAGUACGGCAGCGGCACCCCAAGCCGCCUGAAGGUGCUGGACGCCUACCUGCUGUACGUGAUGCUCACUGGGGCGCUUCAGUUUGGAUACUGCCUCGGCGUCGGCACCUUCCCCUUCAACUCCUUCCUCAGCGGCUUCAUCUCCGCCGUCGGCAGCUUCAUCCUCGGCGUUUGCCUCCGGAUCCAGAUUAACCCCCAGAACAAAACUGAGUUCCAGGGCAUUUCACCAGAGCGAGCGUUUGCUGAUUUCCUCUUUGCCAACACCAUCCUGCAUCUUGUUGUCAUCAAUUUUGUUGGCUGAGCUGAAGAAGAGAUGAUGAGAUCUUUAGUUGCUCCUAAGCCUGGUGCUGGGAAGUGCUGUUCUCCAUCAGACUCUUACCUACUUCCUUGGAGGAGGAAGGGAAACAGGGUUCAAGAUUUUUCCACACAGACUGUGCUAUGAAGGGGUCUGCUGCCUCAUUACAGUCAUUGUAAUCUUUUUGUCAAUAAAGCCCUUUAAAAUAUUGCAGUA